UAAUUUAGCCUGCAAAGAGCCACAGUGAACGUUUUCCGCCGUCAUAACAGACGACAUGACAGAAUCGGGGCAAAAGUUCAAAAUAUUCAAGUUUUUAAAGAUCGUUAUUUGUAGUUUCCUCAUUACAUGCCUGCUGUUGUUUACUAUAGCAUCUAUCAGGACUCUUUCACUGGACCUUAAUGUCGGACUUCAACUCGCACGUUGGGAAAAGACGAAUAACAUCUCGCUUGUCAUAGACCACCACCAGAGAGAGGAGCUUCUUGCACAUUUUAAAGAAGCUAUCCGGAUCCCCACAGUGUCAUUCUCAGAGAAGGAGAGCAACACCACCGCGCUGCUUGAAUUUGACAGGCUGCUCCGAGAGGCCUUCCCAACAGUUUUCUCUUCAAGCUUGAUUCGCCAUGAAUUGGUGGCCAACUACAGCCACCUGUUUUGGGUGCAAGGAUCACAUCCUGACCUGGUGCCAUACCUGCUGCUCGCUCACAUCGAUGUAGUACCUGCCUCAGAAGCGGAUGGCUGGGAGGCGCCACCAUUUUCUGCCCAGGAGAUUGAUGGCUUCAUCUAUGGAAGAGGGACCAUAGACGACAAGAGCCCUGUAAUGGGAAUACUCCAGGCACUAGAGUACUUGCUGAAAAAAGGCUAUGCUCCACGCAGAGGAUUUUACAUCGGUCUUGGUCAUGAUGAAGAAGUCAGUGGUUUCAAGGGGGCGUUGAACAUAGUGCGUAUAAUGAAGCAGCGCAGUGUGCGGCUUUCGUUUGUCCUGGACGAGGGCCUUGCUGUACUUGACGGAGUCAUCAGUGGUCUUCAAGGACCUGCUGCGCUAAUUGGAAUCAGUGAAAAAGGUUCAGCGACUGUAAAACUUAGUGUGUCUAUGGCCCCUGGUCACUCCUCAAUGCCUCCGCGUGAGACCAGCAUUGUCUUGGCUGCAGCAGUCAAAAGACUAGAGGACAACCCUAUGCCGAGAUUAUUUGGUCAUGGGCCUGAACGCGAAACAUUUGAGCACCUGGCGCAAAAGUUUGGGCUCCCAAUGAAGUUCAUAAUGUCAAAUUUGUGGCUGUUUGCCCCACUUCUUGGCAGGAUACUUGAAAGAAAACCAGACACUAAUGCUUUUGUAAGGACAACCACAGCAGUCACCAUGUUUAAUGCUGGAGUUAAGGUGAAUAUCCUCCCUUCCCUUGCUGAAGCUUAUGUAAAUCUACGAAUCCACUCGGCACAGUCAUUACAAGAGGUCCUGGACCUUAUCCAGUCUACAGUGGGUGACCAACGAGUGAAGAUAGAGCUUGUUGAUGGGUUUGACCCUCUGCCUGUGAGCUCUGCAGAUGAAAAGUCCUUUGGUUUCCAGAUCAUUAAGAAGACAGUGCUGGACAUCUUUCCAACAGUCACAGUUGCUCCAGGUAUCUGUAUUGGGAACACAGACAGUCGACACUUCAAAGACCUGACAAAUGACAUUUAUCGCUUCGCCCCUGUCUGGUUUAAACCAGGUGACGCUCAGAGAUUCCAUGGGAUCAAUGAACGGAUUUCCAAAAAGAACUAUGAGGAGCUUGUAGUAUUUUACUUCAGUCUGAUUCAAAACUGUGAUAUUCAGAAGCUCCCCGAACCUCACAGCUCUGUCCAUGAGCUCUAAAGAAUAUACUCUAGAAACUAUGAGUAACAAUCAAACAAAUGCCAUUUAAAAGCCUUUGAUAUUGGUAUUUGUAAUUUCAAAAGCACCCAAUGUACCUCGACAUCCAGUCCAUCUGUUUUCAAAAUAUAAUUUUCUUUGAUCCUGUAAUCAGAUCACAGUAAAAAACAAACCGCUGUAAUAAAUAAAGCAUCUUAACCUUAGCUCUUUAAUCUUGUUUGAUGACAUACAGUUAGGACUUUGUUGUAAAGAAAUUAUAACGGGAUAACUAUGACAAGCUCUUUAGUUGUUUUAAUCAGGAUUUUGUGCAAAACUACUGUAAUGAUUUUUGAAUGUAAAAUGAUGAUGGAAUUAUUUUAUGAAAUGACUGAUAACAUUUUUGGUUGCACUGCUGCUUGUAAUACCGUAGUACUUGAAAUAAAAUAUAACUUGUAAUACAA